CUCUCUCUCUCUCUCUCUCUCUCUCUCUCUCUCUCUCUCUCUUUCCGAUCACUGCCGCAGUGACAAUGUCACUUCCUAAAUGCGCCGCAAACCUGAACGACGUCUAUGAGGGAGACGUUUCAGAUGUGUACUUUGACCUUGCCAAGGCGAAGCCUGGAGACUUUUUCGAGCCAACCAAGAUCAACAAAACCGAAGAUGUCGCUCCAGUUGUGUCUCCAAACUCGACAAUUGAAAUUCCGUGGUUUUGGGCAAUCAAAAACCCAUCGCAUCCACGAUCCCGAGACCACGAGUUGGACAUUCACCAGCAAGGUCUCAAUUACACUCUGGACCUUUAUCGAGCGGAUCGCUGCGAAAAAGUAAUGAACGUUAUGCCAUCGACCAACGUCACAGCAUUUCUCAAUUCCGGUCUACCAUUUGGUAAAUUUGAUGGGGAGCAUGCCUUGGGCGCAUUGCGUCCUAUAAAUGAGGAUUGUCCAGUGGUGGGAUGCCAGCUUCUUGUUUACUAUUGGACGAUUCCUGCCGACAUUGACGUGACACUCAACUACCAAAUGCGGCUCACUACGAAUAAACUCCAUAUCGAUUCAAUGAGUCAGAUGUACAGGGUUUCUAACGACACAAAACCCCUGCCUAAUUCGCAAUGCUCAAAAAAUCAUCGAAAAGAGACUGCCCAUACGGGUGGAUUUGUUGCCUUGGGGGUCGUUGUUCUGCUCUGUCUUGUUGCGGUGCUCUUUAUCCUCUGGCGUCACGAGAAACGGCGGAGAGCUCGGGCACCUGUUAAACUGGACGAUGCGUAUGCAGAUGAGGACGAGUAGGGCUAUAGUGUCAAAGUACCCCCAUAGCCUGGUCUCGGUUAAAUACCUUAGAACUUGAAUAUUGUCCUUACCUAAAGUACAGAGUAUAUACACGUAAUCAUAUAAUUUGCAUUUCAAUUUGCUCAGAAAGG